CAAUGGAAUAUUACGCCUGAUUUUCAGGUCAAUCUGUCAAAUGAUGUAGAUAGCAAAAAAAAAACAAUAAUUGAUUGCAUGUAUUAUGACUCCGCCGCUGUUGGCUCUUGUCACUUCAAAGACCACAUACACUGUCGGAAGUCUCUCUGUGAUUCUAUUCACUGUAUCUUAUUACAUCACGUACCCACCCAUCGUUAGAGACAGGUGUGACAACAUUCUGGUUGAAGCCAAGUACAAGCACGAGUACGAAGUUAGUCAUUUUGGUGCAGAAUUUCCAAAAGGAAGAUCCUCGAAACAAAAGUCAAUCAAUCAGCAAGUAUCUCAUCUAUCUAAUCAUAGCAAUACAAGUGAAUAUGCUUCUGGGAAUCAUAUUGUUCAAUUUGAGCGGAAAUGGAUCACAGAAGGAAAACAUGAGUUCAACAUAUUCCAAAAUGACGUCAUUGUUUUUCUGCAUAUACAGAAAACAGGUGGAUCCGAUUUCGAUAGAAUCCUAACUCGUCGAGUGGUGGGAGCUGAAUGCGUGUGUAGACAUGAUAGGUCCUGUCAGUGCAAUCGGCCGAUGCGGCAGAGAAGCGAUGAAGGUCAUGGCACGUAUUAUCACUACGACUACCGACAAGUUAAGGAUAGGAUUACAGAUGAAGAUUAUGGCAACCUUGAAGACUAUGAAGAAGAAGGGGAUAGUGAGGAUGAGGAUGAGGAUGAGGACACGUGGCUGUUCACUCGCUCUUCAAACUUCGGCUGGAGCUGUGGUCUACACGCAGACUGGACCGAAUUGACCUCCUGUGUGCCAGCCAUGCUCAACAACAAACAGACCCUCAACCCACUCAGGCGCUUCUUCUAUGUGACUGUUUUGCGAGAUCCCCUCACGAGAUUUCUAAGUGAGUGGAGACAUGUGCAGCGAGGCGCCACUUGGAAGAGAUCGAACCACAUGUGCAACUCACAGCCACAUGAAAUACGCAGCUGCUACGAGGGCGAAGAAUGGAGUGGAGUGUCCCUUGACGAAUUCAUCAGCUGUCGUUGGAAUCUGGCGUUCAACAGACAGACUCGGAUGCUAGCAGAUCUCUCACUCGUCAACUGCUACGAGUUCAUCACCUACCAAUACAAUACUACUAAUCUCAAUAGUCUAUCAUCACCUGAUAGAGAAAGACUGAAAGUUCUGGAGCAUAAAAUGCUGGAAAGCGCUAAGAGUAAUUUGAAGCGGUUGGCGUUUUUUGCAAUUUUGGGACGAAGCUCGGAGUCGCAUAGUCUUAUAAGUGCAAGUUUGGGCUUACACUUUCAUGAAGGAGCCUUUGGUACUCGGACUCCGAAAAGUGAAAAUGUUCAGUUGGAAGAUGGAGUGAAGAAACGAAUUCUCAUGCUGAACUAUUUAGAUAGCGAACUGUUCAACUUUGCAACCGAGAUUUUUAACGAGAGAUUAAAACUGCUAGAAACAAGCUAAUUUUAUAUCUGAAGUUCUGUCUAUAUUUUUUACUGUGUGUUGUGAAUUAGCAUAAAUUAGCAUUUGUGAUUAGAGAUUAACUUGUUGAAAAAUUACUUUAAUUUAGUAAAUUUGAAACUAUGAUUCAAAAUGG